AUGAAUUUUCUGGACACGGCACUAUUCAUUCAUGACAAGCCUAAUAUCCAGAAGUUCUAUCUUGGUAUAGAUGAGUCUUUUGAUGAAUCUCGAGUUAAUAGAUGGAUCACUACUAUCAUGAAGCGUAAAGUUGAAGAAUUUGGUCUAUUUGUGAAAUCUUUAAACCCAUCAUCUAUAUUUCCUCUAUCAUUUAUUACUUGUAAUUCAUGGACACUACUGGAUUUGGGGUUCUAUAUUAAAACUGAGUUCAAAAUUCCAUAUUCAAUUUCUUUUCCAAAGCUCAAGAUACUUCGGCUCAACGGUCUUAGUUUUGUGAAUAAGAAUUCGAGAAAUUUCUUUUCUAAUUGCCCCAUCCUUGAAGAGUUGAGUUUGUCUUAUUGUUCAAUAUCUGAAGGGUUAUGCAUUGUGAAUCCCGCACUGAAGCACUUGUCCAUUAGUUCCUACCGCCUCCUUAAUAAUUCUUCGGUGGAGAUUUCUGCUCCUGAUCUAUUGACUAUAACCUACAGAGGAAAACUACCGCCAGACUUUGCCCUCAAUAGCUUUCAGUCACUAGUUGAGGCCGUUGUUGACUUUUACAUAGAUGAUGACGAGGAAUACGAUUACCUGGGAAAAGUAUUUGUCAAGCUUUUCGAAAAGCUUUCAAGUGCCACGCUCCUCAAAAGGAUUGACAUCCCUGAAGAAGAGUAUGAUGAAUGUUGGGAACUUGAUCCUAAAUCUUCGCUACCACGCCUGAAAUCAAUCAUAUUCAAAGUUUUUGAGGGGCAGCCAGAGGAGCUAAAUGCGGUUAAACUUUUUCUGAAGUACGCUGGUGUUCUUGAGAGCCUAACCAUUGAAGCUUCUUAUUGGCUCUCCACAGACCAUCAACUAGAUGUAACGAAGCUGUUACUAACGUUUCCAAGGCCCGCAGAUUGUGUGGUUAAGUACUUGACGAGCACUCCGAAUGCUUAA